AUGGACCCAGCCUUCUCCUUUACUCCCUCUUACCCAAAAACAAUCUGCAAAGGCUUAUCAAUAGCAUUAUGCUUCUUUCUACUCUACCACCUCAUUCUGAUCAUAACCCAACGAUGGACAAAGAUAAAACUUACUUUUCCCGAUAAACCUAGAAAAUCUUCCAAUGGCGAAAAUGUAGUUGAAUUGGUGGAUAGAUGUUGUAAGAGUUUGAAAGAUGGAUUUAGAGCUAGUUGGUGGUUACCCAAUGGUCAUGCUCAAACAAUAUAUUCUGCUAUGGCGGAUUUCUCCAAAGAUGAUCAAAUUACCUAUCAGCGACAGCUGUUGAGGGUUACUGAUGGCGGCACCAUCGGUCUCGAUAUCUACCCACCCUUAUCUGUCACUCUACCCGCAAAUUCUCCCGUUGUACUUAUCAACCACGGUCUAACUGGCGGAAGUCAUGAAAGCUACGUAAGGAAUAUGGUGGUCUGGCUGACCAAACCUGUCGACCAAGGUGGUCUGGGUGGCAGAGCAGGCGUCGUCAAUUUUCGGGGAUGCGCAUCGACUCCUCUGACUUCGCCUCACCUUUACUCAACCGGAUCGACUAUCGAUCUUCAUACUUCCGUUUUGUACCUCUCGACGCUUUUCGUCGCAGCUCCGAUGUUCGGCGUGGGUUUCAGUCUAGGAGCAGCAGUUAUGACUAGGUAUCUGGGUGAACAAGGGGAUCAUUGUAGAUUGAAAGGUGGGGUCGUACUUUGUUGUCCGUUGGAUAUGAAGGUGGUGACUUAUGGCCUAGACUCUCCUCAUCCUCUGACCCGCUUAUAUUCCCUCUCAAUGUCGCACAAGAUGCUUCGAUCAAUCUCACCCCACUUGAUACCUUCCUCACCCCUUUCUCACCCAACAUCCCACCUGCAUAUCCACUUACCCGAAAUCAUAUCACUGACCAAAUCACUUCGUCGAAGAAUCACCCUCAAGGCUUCAAAGAUGUUAGAGCUAGUCGCGUGUACCGUCGGAGGUGGGAAUGAGCUCUUCCCCUUUGAGACACUUGAUGGGUUUCUGAGUUGGAGCUGUCCAGGUAAUUGGAUUGGAAGUAUCAGAAGACCGACUUUGGCAAUUUCAGCAUUGGAUGAUCCGAUCGUAUCUUCAGCUUGCCUUCCGUACAAAGCUAUCCGCCAAUCAUCGCAUUGCGUCCUCGCUACAGUCUCUCAGGGUGGUCAUCUAGGAUGGUUCGAGGGACCUCUGGUAGGUGAAAAUAAACACAAAAGAUGGCAUGUCAAGCCUACCAUCGAAUUUUUAAAAGGCAUACUGGACUCGAACUCCACCAAUGUCCGUGAAAACAAAGAAGAGUUGCUAGUGAGGAGAGAAGGCGAUUGGACAUGGAUAGGGGAAGUAGGAUGGAUGGUGCUGGAUGAAGUGGAUGAAAAAGGUUGGAGUGGCAGUGAAGGGGAGGAAGGAGGGGAACUAUCUGAUUGA